ACAUAAGUCAGCUCUCAGGACGAUUAACUCUGAAACCAUCCUUUUCAAAGCCCUUCAGUACCAUGGCUAGUUUACGCAAUACCUCCAAAACAAGUCGCGAAGAAAUACUAUCAGAUCUCCUAUGUGUUCCUGUGAAGUUUUGUGCAAUUGUUCCUUCCCGUACUCUCUCAGUUACUCAGCUACUCGUCUUCAACUUCCCCACAAAUCUCGAAACCAACCCGUCAUUUCCUGCAUUUUCAAUGGCCACUGCACUUCGUGAUCGUGCUACCAGUGCAUGGCAAGACCGAGAUCAAUCAGUCAUGCACCCGUCAUUCCCCAAUGAUCCCCUUCCUUUGUGGGUCUUGUCAUACUGGGUGUCCAUGUCUCAUGCACUUGAGCAUCACAGUGAUUGGCGUGCAUCGCACAACUGGAUCUUAGACCGACUGGACACUGUUUUGGGUGACUGCGCUGAGUUGGAAACCAUUGACGACAUUUUAGAUGUCAUAGAGCGUCUUCCAUGGGAUGUUCCACUCAAGGGAGUCGGUGCUUGGACUGAUCUAUCUACUAGUGGACUCCGGCUGCUGUUGGCAUCAGGUCCAAUUGGCGGUCACAUCAUGGAUACUAUGAUUGCUGCGGUAGUCGAACGUAUGCAAGCAUCUGAAAACAGAGACCUUCGGACAGUCUGUGUCGAAUCCCUCAUCCUUAUGGAUACACUUCAGCUCAAUGAGAAGCGGAACACUUCAGCGUGUCCUCUUUCCUAUUCAAUAUUCACUGACAUCCAUUGGGCUGCUAUCGAGGUCAAUGUGAUCGACCAAACCAUCUCAUACGCUGAUUCUCUUGGGUGGAGUUGGCCCACUCAUGACAUUGACACCAUUCGUCAUUGGCUGGGCCGUCAUGGCCUCUCUGGAUUUAGUAACGCAAAUGCACUACAGUGCGGUCAACAGCUGGAUUCAUUUUCGUGUGGAAUUGCAGCCAUCAACACCAUCAAGCAUGCUGUAUUUUGUGAUCCUUUGUUCGACGAUAACGGAGCAUUCUCCCUCUGCAUGGAAGAAUUUCUGGGUCUUGCUUAUGAUCAUCUUGAGCUCUCAGUUCCUGGCGAUGGCAUGGAUAUAUGUAACGGUUCAGAUGUGGACGAUGCCAGUGACUUCGAGCCGGAAGAGACUUCCUCAGGUGCAGAGAGCGAACACGAUCUUGAGGUAGAAGAGACUCAGCCAUCUAUCCCCACCCAACCAUCAUCCACGCAAACUAAUAAACCAAAACUCGACCUCCAUACAACUGAUGCAGACCAAAACAAAGGUCUGUUCAAGUUCUUCCCAAAAGUAUCACAUGAGGAGCAUCUACAACGUGCUUGGAAGCCUUUUGCUUGGGAGCUCAGAGAUCAGGAGCGGGACCAUUAUCAGCAAGAAUUUAAUAAGUUCGAGAAGGCUACUCGCAAGCUAAACCUACCAUCGAUUCCAUUCUUCAUGAUAGCAAUCCUCAGCCACCAGCCAGUCACUAUCGCAGAGGCAUCAUGUCCAUAUCGCCAAUUGCAAAGGCAUGCUCGUAGCAAGCACACACGCAACCUAGGAUGGAAGCGCAAGUGGGAGGACACAGAUGCUUUGCGUGUCAACUGGCAAAGCCCCCUGCUAUGGCCAACUAUUGAAAUGGCCGCUCUCCAUGUUGGCUAUGGGAUGUCACCAGUGCAGAUUGAGCGCGAGCUUAAACGAAUCGACCCCACUCGCUUUGGUGGUAUCCACGCACAAGUUAUAGGAAGCUGGAUAGACCAUAGCAGGACAUGA